UCAGAAUGGUGUUUCAGAAGAAUGAACGAUCAGAAUGGUGUUUCAGAAGAAUGAACGAUCAGAAUGGUGUUUCAGAACUUGAGUGUUUCAUCAUCGUCAUCGUCAUUGUGAUGAAGAUCAGCUGUGAACUGUGUGUGUUGUGUAAUGUGGCAUUGUACAUGUAUCUUCCUACUUUGGACUAUGGCCCUUGAUUCUGUGGAUAGUGAUUCUUCCUGAAUAUGGAUGAAGAAUGGAACUGUCUCCUUUUUCGUAUGGAUGGAUAUUCCUGAACAAAAGUUGGAGUGCAUACAUAACAUGGACCGAUUUACCAUGUUUUGCCAAAAAGGAGAUUCAGGAGAGAACCAUAGAGGUAUAGAUUCAAAACUGGAAUUCGGCUGGACACACACACACACACAGGCCGUGUAUUCAAGAUACCCAGUCAAGACACCCAGUCUCUUUACCACUAUUCAAACACACAUACCACACGCGGAAUGACGGACCUGAUGAUACCCUCCAUCAUAUCACACCCACCUGCUAUCCAAUAGAAUGUUACCAGUGGAUCUAUCUGAACAAACAGGAUCCUUGUGUGGAAUUCCCAACCUUUUUUUCUGAAUGAUUGGCACUUCUGGAAUACAUUUCUACACUGCAUGAGGAUUCUGUGUUGUGACUGGUUGAAGCGGAUUGAAAUCCAUUUAAAAAAGCUGCGUUCCCAAAAGAAGGGGAUGGGAUGGGAGAGGGUCUUGAACGGUCCUCCAGGACCUCAAGGCAAUCCCGGUCCGCCCGGUCCCUCUGGCACCCCCGGGUCUGAUGGCAUUGAUGGGGAAAAGGGACCUCCUGGGCCUUCUGGCCCACCAGGGUUGAAGGGGGACCCAGGUGAGCCUGGUCCAGAUGGAGCUCCCGGAGAGAACGGCAUCGACGGUUUGAUGGGAGCAAAGGGAGACGGCGGCCCUAUCGGGAACCCUGGACCUAAAGGCCAGCCUGGACCUGGUGGUGAACCUGGACCCACUGGACCCGGACUGCCUGGACUGGCUGGAGCCCCAGGCCCAAUCGGCCUUCCCGGUGAGAUUGGACAGACUGGACCUACGGGCAUAUUGGGAGAACCUGGCCCUCCAGGAAUUCCAGGACCCCCAGGAAAACCAGGUCCUCCAGGGAAGUUCUUGGGAGGAGAGGAGGGCAGUGCAGACUUCCAGUGUCCAAUCAACUGCCCAGCAGGGCCUAAGGGUCCCCAGGGUCUGCAGGGGGUCAAGGGACACAAAGGUCGUGCUGGUGUGCUGGGAGAGCCUGGCAGCAUUGGGAAACUGGGUACGAAGGGAGAGGUCGGCAUCUCUGGUGAGCAGGGAAUCCCAGGACCCCCGGGUCCUAUGGGAUUGAGGGGUUACCCAGGAAUGAUGGGCCCCAAGGCAGAGGCGGGCCCUCGUGGUUACAAGGGCAUCAAUGGACCAGUUGGCCAACCUGGACCCCCAGGUGAGGAGGGACCUCAGGGACCACCUGGAGAGGCUGGGGAGAAAGGAGAUUUAGGUGGUCGAGGUAUCAAGGGCCCACAAGGAGCUGUUGGCAAGAAGGGAGAGAACGGUCUGCCUGGUAUCGAUGGAAAGGAUGGCACUCCUGGCAUCCCUGGAAUCAAGGGUGCCCCAGGGCAGGCUGGGAGGCCUGGUGGUCCCGGUCACCAGGGAACAGCAGGUUUGCCUGGCAGCCCCGGAACCAAGGGUGGACCUGGAGGCAAGGGAGAGCCUGGUCCCAGAGGUCAUGUUGGAAUGUCUGGUGCCCCAGGACCUCAGGGUGAGCCUGGUCUUCCUGGUGAAGCUGGUAUGGAGGGCGUUCCUGGACCUAAGGGUGACAGAGGCCAGAGGGGAGCUGUAGGGCCACAGGGUAUUGUCGGCAAGGCUGGCAACAAGGGUAUGAGAGGGCCUAUGGGUGUCCCAGGGGCUCAAGGCAUCUCAGGAACCAAGGGAGACAAGGGAUUCCAAGGAAAAGUUGGUGCGAAGGGAGACUUUGGUGAUCCUGGUGUGGAAGGCUUGGCUGGGGAGAAAGGAGAGAAGGGUUUGGGUGGUGAGCCUGGACCCAAAGGACAGCAAGGAGUGAGGGGAGAGACAGGGUUCAAUGGCCCCACAGGAGACUCAGGCAAACCAGGAGACCAGGGACCAGGAGGACUGCCUGGGCCUCGCGGCCUCAAUGGGGAGAGAGGAGUUCCAGGCAUGCCAGGCAUUGUGGGGGCAGCAGGACGGGAUGCAUCAGACCAGCACAUCAUUGAGGUGGUUCUGAAGAUGCUGCAAGAGCGUCUGGCGGCUGUAGCGGUGAGCGCUAAGCGUGCCGUACUGGGUGGAGCCGGUGUCAUGGGUCCCCCUGGUCCUCCCGGACCCCCAGGAGCUCCUGGUGCUCAGGGCCCACACGGCCUCACCGGCGCCCGCGGCAUCCCUGGCAUGUUUGGAGCCUCCGGACAGAUCGGCAACACUGGACUGAAAGGAAAGAGAGGAGCGAAGGGAGACAGAGGAGAUCCUGGUAAACCACAUGUUGGCCAGCCAGGACCCCCGGGAAUAACAGGUCCCCCUGGUAUUGACGGAGUGGCUCGAAACGGAAAGCCUGGUGAGCGAGGCCCCCAGGGCUCGGCAGGAGAGGCUGGCCGUCCUGGUAAGGCGGGCCCCACUGGUCUUCCAGGGUUCUGUGAGGCUGCAGCCUGCCUAGCUGCCUCGGCCUACACCUCCCCCAGACUACAGGACUCCGCCAGGGUCAAGGGCCCAGGAGUCUAACCUGAGACCUCUCCAUCAAGAGCCCCACAACACCAGGGAGAAAGAGAGAGACAGAAGAGAGAAGCAGGGAUAGAGGAGAGAGAGAGAGAGACAGAAGAGAGAGAAGCAGGGAUAGAGGAGAGAGAGAGAGAGAGAGA